AUGGUUUCCGUACGCCAAAUUCUUUUCACCCUCGCGGCUAGCACCGCCGUCUUCGCCCUUCCCACUCCCUCGGAGGUGGACGUCAAGUUCAGCAAGUUCCAAUCCAUUGGCCUCACAGUGCCCGGCGAUGUCAAGUCGACAUCCAAGCAGGCCGGCGCCAUGACCUACUACCUUCCAGGUCAGGGUGUCGGUAACGGAUUCGGCGCCUGUGGCAAGAAGGUCGACUUCACCCAGCCCAUCGUCGCCAUCUCUGGCUUCGACUACGGCCACCCCGCAAGCGGCAACCCCAACGACGCCGACAUCUGCGGCCACUGGAUCAAGAUCACAGGCCGGGAAUCCCAGAAGGUUACCUGGGCCCAGGUUGUUGACAAGUGCCCCGAGCUCGAGUGCCCACCUGGAUUCAUCGACGUGUCCGAGGUGGUUUUCAAGAACGUCGCUGCCGAUGGCACCACCACUGCUGGGCGCAUCCAGGUCGACUGGGAGUUUGUGGCUGGCAACGGUCUGUUGGAAUGA